CAAAGACGCCCCAAGAGCUUCCCAAGAGGACCCCGUAGCCAUUUCGGCUCAAGCCAGUUUAGGCUCAAGAUUCCGAGGGGCCGUCGCCGGCCUUCCAGGGUUCCCCUCGGCCGUCUCUCGUUCAGGACCUCUCAGCUAUGCGCAUCUGCAGACUGCAUGAUGCACCUACGCACGUCUCGCACCCUCGGCGCGCUGCUCCUGCCGCUGAUAGCGCGCGGCGCCCCGAGCGCCAGGUCGCCUGCGAGCGGGGCGCUGGCCCGCCCGAGGCUGGAGGGCUCGGCGAACGGUCACCCUCGAGAGCCACAGGCCGAGCUCGGGAGGGGCCAGGCCACCAGGGCGCGCAGUUGCUCAAGCUCUUGGCGAGUGAUGGGGCCGCCUGGGACGCUUUCGGUAAAUCGGUGGCCGUGAGCUCCGACGGGGCCCGCGUGGUGGUGGGGGCCCACUACUGCUAUGACGAUGACGACAGAUCAUAUGGAUCCGGCUCCGUGUACGUGCUCGACGGGGCCAUUGGCGAGAGGUUGCUCAAGCUUGUGGCGAGUGAUAGGGCCGAGGGCGCCUGGUUCGGUAGAUCGGUGGCCGUGAGCUCCGACGGGGCCGUCGUGGUGGUGGGGGCCUACUAUGACGACGACGAGGGCAGCCAGUCUGGCUCCGCGUACGUGUUCGAAGUCAUCAUCUACGGCUACUACGGCUACUACUACGCCGAGACGACCACCAAGACGGCCACGACGACCACCGAGACGGCCAGGAGUUCCGCGACGUCAAGCACUACUACCACCACCAAGACAGCCACCGAGACAACAACCGAGACGACCACCGAGACGACCACCAAAACGGCCACGACGACCACCGAUACGGGUACGAGUCCGGCCACGUCAAACACCACAGCCACCACCGAGCCAUCGGCGGAGGAGCAGCAAUAUUGCAGGGGAUUAAUUACAGUCUUCGCUGGUGUCUUGAUCUUGUUCUUUGUGUUCUUUGUCUGCGGCGUCGCGCUGGGCUGCCUGAUGGGGCGGAUGUCCUGGCAGUGGCAGGGGCCCAACACCGGAGCGCGGCAUUCACGACGCGGAGGUUGAGACCAACUGACGCGGAGAUCGAUGAGCACGAGUCGGAUCACCGUAUUUAGCACGACGCGGAGGUUGAGGCCUUCCUCUCGUCUCCCUCCCUCCUCCUCGCCCCCUGACGCGCCGCGCAGCUAUCCCUCGCAGUACGUUCGAGCAACGGGUACAACGAUGGCCCGCGAGGCACUUCGCUAUACUCUAGUA